GAGCCCGAGCCCGACGCUGGCCUCCUGGGUCUGGGAUGCGCCUCGCGGGAGCCUGAGACCGACCCGGAGCCCGAGCCCCCAAAGGAGCUCCCGGGCCCAGGGAGCGCCCUGCGGGAACCCCAGCCCAAACCCGAGCCCGACGUCGGCCUCUUGGACCAAGGAUGCGCUCGGCAAGAGCCUGAGCCGGAUGCCGGCUUUCUGGGUCUGGGGGGCACGCCGUGGGACCCCGAGCUGGAGCCCAACGCCAGCCUCACUGGCCGAGGGUGCGCGCGGCAAGAGCCAGAGGCCAACGCAGGCCUCCUCGACCUGGGGAGCAAGUCGCGGGAACCUGAACCUGACCCGGAGCCUGAUGCCGGCCUCCUGGGCCUGGGGGCCAUGUUCUGGGAUCCUGAGCCUCAGCCCGAGCACCAGCUCCUAUGCCCCGGGGACGCGCUGCAGGAACCCGAGCCUGAGCUCGAUGCCGGGGUCCUGGACAGAGGAUGCUUGCGGCUGGAGGCUGAGCCUGAGUCUAACGAAGGCUUCCUGGGCCUGGGGGUGUCGCCGCCGGAUUCCGAGCCCAAGUCUGAGCCCCAUGCCUGCCUCUCGUACACAAGGGAGCGUGACUCGGAGCCCGAACUGGAAGGCGAACACAACGAUGACCUCCCGGGCUCGGGUCACGUGCCGCAGCAGCCUGGGAUGGCACCUGCAGGCGGCCUCUCAUACCAAGAGUGGGGGCAGCAGGAGCCUGGGACCCAGCCUGGGUUCAAUGCCAGCCUCUUGAACCUGAGGCACCUGGGGCAGGAGCCUGAGACCGAUGCUGGCCUCUGGGAUCCAAGGGGACCAUGGCAAGGGGCUGGGACGCAGCCCGACUUUGACACUGGUCUCCCAGAUCCGAGGGGCUCAGGGCAGGAGUCUGAGAAAGAUUCCAAUCCUGUCCCUGCCCCCAAGCCCAACCCCGGCCUCCAGGAUCCAAGCAGUCCAUGGCAGGGGCCUGGGACUGAGUCAGACGCUGGCCUCUUGGGGCCAGGGCCCCUGCCAUGGGAGCCCCAGCCUGGCCUCCCAGGCCUGGGGUGCGUGCAGCAGGAGCCUGGAACUGAGUCCGAGUCCCAAGCCAAUUUCCCAGGCCUGAGGGGCAUGGGGCAGGGUGCUGAUCCAGAACCUGAGCUCAGCCUCUGGGACCCAAGGGGUCCAUGGCAGGACCUUGAGCUUGAGCCGGAGCCUGAUGCCGGCCUCGGGGACCAGGGGUGUGAGCUACUGGAGCCUGGAACCCAGCCUGAGGGCGGCGUUUGGGACCUGAGGGACCCAUGGCAGGAGCCGGAGCCCGAUGGUGACCUCCAUGACCUGGAUGACAGCCUGGCUCCACCUGAGUUGGGCCCAUGCCUGCCAUGGGCCUCGGAGCCACCUGGCCAGCCAGUCAGUGCCCUGGGUGAGCGGACGCCGGGGUUCUCUGAGGACGGGAUCCGCCUGCGUGCCGUGUUCGAGGCCCUGGACGGGGACGGGGACGGGCUGGUGCACACUGAAGACUUCGUGCAGUUUGCCACAGCCUACGGGGCUGAGCAGGUGAAGGACCUCACGAGGUUUCUGGACCCCGGCGGGCUCGGGGUGAUCAGCUUUGAGGAUUUCUUCAGGGGCAUUGCGGCCAUCAGGGAUGGAGAUGCCGAGGGUCCCCUGUAUGGCGUCAUCCCUGCCCAGGAUGAGGAGGGUCCGGCCUGUCCUGAUGAAUUUGACGACUUUGUCACCUAUGAGGCCACGGAGGUGACAGACAGCGCGUACAUGGGCUCCGAGAGCACCUACAGUGAGUGUGAGACCUUCCCGGAUGAGGACACCAGCACCCUGGUGCACCCUGAGCUGCAGCACGAAGCUGACGCGGACAGCGCGGGCGGCUCGGCUGUGCCCUCUGAGUGCUUGGACAUGGCCCUUGAGGAGACUGACCCUGGUGCCCUGCUGCUGCUGCUGCCCGGCAGACCUCACUCUUACAGCCCCCCCAUCGUCACGGUGAUCGGCGGUGAGGAGCACUUCGAGGACUAUGGCGAGGCCAGUGAGGGCGGGCUGUCACCAGAGGUGCUGUGCAGUGAUGAAGGUGGCUGUCGCGACCCGGCCCUGCUCACCCCCAGCUCCGACCCCCUUGCCGCCAGGCUGCACAGCAUCCUCACUGACGAGGCGUUUGAGUUUCACUGUAGUCAGUGCCACAAGCAGAUCAACCGCCUCGAGGACCUCUCUGCUCGCCUGAGUGAUCUGGAGACCAAUAGCCCCACAAAGCGGCUUUCCAGCAAGAAGGUUGCAAGGCACCUGCACCAGUCGGGAGCCCUGACCAUGGAGGCUCUGGAAGGCCUGCCCCCCGGCCCCUCGGACGGCAUCGAGGAGGCCAUCGCUGACAAGGUGGUCUUCCUGGAGAAGCGAGUGUUGGAGCUGGAGAAAGACAGCGCUGCCAACGGGGAGCAGCACAGCCGCCUGCGCCAUGAGAACCUGCAGCUGGUGCACAGAGCCAAUGCCCUGGAGGAGCAGCUGAAGGAGCAGGAGCUGCGGGCGGGCGAGCUGGCGCUGGAGGAGGCGAGGAAGCAGCGGGAGCUCCUCAACAGGAUGGAGCGGGAAAAGAGCAUCGAGAUGGAGACCCUGCAGGCCAGGCUGCAGCAGCUGGACGAGGAGAAUGGCGAGCUGCGCUCUUGCACGCCCUGCCUGAAGGCCAGCAUCCAGCGCCUGGAGGAGGAGAAACAGAAGCUGCUGGACGAGAUGGAGGAGCUGACGCUGCGGCUGAGUGAGGAGCAGGAGGGCCGGCGCCGGCUGGGUGACCGGCUGAGCCAUGAGCGACAUCAGUUCCAGAGGGACAAGGAGUCCACCCAGGAGCUCAUCGAGGACCUCCGGAAGCAGUUGGAGCAGCUGCAGUUGUUCAAACUGGAGGCGGAGCAGCGGCGCGGCCGGAGCAGCAGCGCGGGCCUGCAGGAGUACCACAGCCGCGCCCGGGAGAACGAGCUGGAGCAGGAGGUGCGCAGGCUGAAGCAGGACAACCGAAGCCUCAAGGAGCAGAACGACGAGCUGCACGGACAGAUCAUCACCUUGAGCAUCCAGGGGGCGCGCAACCUUUUUUCCGCCUCCUUCUCCGAGUCCCUGGCCGCUGAGAUCAGCUCGGUGUCCCGCGAUGAGCUCAUGGAGGCCAUCCAGAAACAGGAGGAGAUCAACUUCCGGCUGCAGGACUACAUUGACCGCAUCAUCGUGGCCAUCAUGGAGACCAACCCAUCUAUCCUGGAAGUGAAGUAGGCGUCGGGCUGCCCCCGAGACCGCCCCAUCACGUCUGCCCGUCAGCCUCCACAGACCCGGGACCUGGCACUCAUGCCCACCCUCCCGCCCACACGUGCUGGGCCAGGGCACCACGGAACCGACCCGGCUCUGCAGCACCCCAGCACCUGACGUAGGGUGUACCCACGCCCGAGAGGCCCUCCCUGCCCAGCCUGCUGUGGUAUCACCCCGAACUGCUCAGGGCUCCCACCCUCCCCGCCAGUGGCUGGACCCCUCGCUGAAGUAACCCUGAGGCUCUGACCGGGUCGCCCAAGGGCAGGGGCUGGAGCCCAGCAGACCCUCUGCUCCAAAAUUGGGCCGACUCUGGCUGGUCGGGGAGCCGCCUGCUUGGGGUGUCUGACCUGUAACACCCCCCUCACCCCUGGGGCACCUCGGAAGGUGUGGUAGGAGGCUCGCUCUCCAGAGCCCCCCUGGGCUGGAGUCUGAGGGCCGCCCCGCUGUGUUAGCGAGGGUGUUAGCUCGUGUUGUACAUUUGGGGAAGCCUCGGUGUAAAUCAGUGUAAACUUGAAGGAGAGAUUUUUCUAUCAUGUAGAGUAGGUAUUUUUUAUAGAUUGAGGGUUGAUCAAUUUUUUAAUACUUUCGAGAGAGAAAACUAUGUGUACACAUGAGAUAUAUAUAAAUAUGUAUAAUAUAUAAAUACUGGCCACACGGCCUUCAGCUCAAGACUGCUGCUGCCUGCGGAGCAGGGCUCUAGGACCCCUGGAGCGUGCCCCUGGGUGACCACACCCAGGCAUGCUCUCUCCCCAGACAUGGCGCCAGUAGCACCCAGAGGCCAGGGUGCCGGUUCUGGCUGCCAUGACGAUUAAAGCUGUUACUGCACCCAUGA